GGCAUCGAAGGGUCAUCAUUAAGAGAUUCGGGGCAUCCUCGCUGGCUCGAUGCCCACCGGUAGCGUCGAGUUGCACGAAGAGGGUGCCAUGAUCAUGUCAGAGUAUCUCGCUCGCGAUAGUGUCUUUGAUAAAGAACUUGUCACAAAAGUCUUGCUUCAUGACCUGCUCAGCACCCGGAUUGUUCAGGAACACGCAAGCUUGCUGAUAACAUCAAUAACCCGAAGCGAGUGUCAGCGAACGCAAAAGGCGCAGCACUUGUUCCUGUUUUCAUAACCGAGCCUGGUCUGGCUACUGUACACUUUAAUAUGCAUGCGGUUACUGCCAACGCUGAAGCAUGUGUGAGAGACUUCAUGAAGCGUAUUUACAAUCGGACUAGUAGUAAGCCCCUUGUCGCCCUCGACUUCAUGAAUGACGGUACCCCUUUCAAGCUUACAACUACAAUCAACCACAGCUUCAACGCCCCGAGGGCGAUUGCGAGGUCUACCACGCUUUAUGCCCUUCGCUGUAUUAUCAAUCAAGAUAGACCACUUGAUGAAGGAUGUCUAAGACCUCUCACAUCUACGAUACCUGAAGGAAGUAUUCUUAACCCAUUACCUUGUAGCUAGAAUAGCUUUAUAACUGCGCAUUAUUAUACUCUCUACCCCGUUAGCCUUUUUAGGAGCACUCGGUACAUACGUUUACUGCCUUACUGCCAUCUCACCUUACCUUACUCGCGAUUAUACCUUCUAUUACAUCCCACCCACUCUACGUGCUAAACUCUCUAAAACUGGCCCUAAAAAUGCACCCCAAUACCCAGUCUCCGCAUCUUCGUCGGCAGCAUACUCCAUAAGAUUGCCAUAUAGCCUCGCAACGCGGAAAACGCCCUGGACAGACGAGGUGUCGAGGGAGGGCAAACUUGUGUCAUUCCCGAGGAUUGAGAUGGCGCAGGUUGUCGAUAUAUCUGGAGAUAGGUCGGCAGAGUCAGG